GAACCUGAUCACUGUACAAGAAAUGACACCGCUAGAGCAGCAGAUGGCGCUCGCUACAUUCACUGGCAGCGCUCUCACCUCUCUAUGAUACGCAGAGGUCACGUGGUCGCCAGUGGAACGCAGAAGACAUGGCGGCGCCCUGCAGGAGACAUGCAGCGAAGUGGAUAUGUAUGUUCCGGUCGUCGUUUUGGGGGUUUCCCCGUCCUAUAGCAACUGUGGUGUCCGAGGAGCAUGGCAACUGCGUAACUGCUGCCGAUAUCAAGGUGGAAGGGAAAACCAGAAAUGUGCAAACAGCAGAGACGGGGGACAAGGGGCACUUUAAGGGCACGGAAUCAUUUGCCUCGUUGCUGCGCCGCUCCCCGCUGGUACAGAUGGGUCCUUCCAAAGAUAAAAUAGCCAUCGGAAAAAUUUUCCCUCACUCUGCACUGGCAAAAAGGAAAAAUCGCCGAAAAUACCAAAAGGGCGUGAGAGUUCGCCUGAGAUUGGCUGACCUGGAGCUCACUUCAAGGUUUUUGGGAGCAACUACUGACACCACCUUGCUGGAGGCGGACGCGGUGCUGCUGGGUCUGCAGGAGAGUCGGGAGACCAAGUGAUGAUGAUGAUGAAGGAAGCAGGGAACUAUCUGCAUUCCCCGUGUUUACUUCUGCAGCCACUGACGGGAUGAAUUUCAGGAAAGGUUAUUCUUGUGGCACAAGAGUUCAUCAAAACAUUCAGCCGAUUGAUAGGACUUUAUGGAACAAUCUCAUUGUCUGCUAUAACAGCUCCAGGGUUUCUAUGAUUUGCAGGGGCAGAGUAGGAGCUGGAAUUCAUUAUUCCCUUUUUGUCUUACUAUCCUUUGUGCCUCUCUUAUCUCCAUGACUGAUAUGACAAAUUAAAAAAAACAAAAAACGUU